UACAAACUCCAGCCAACCAAUCGGGAAACGACUUCCCAUCGCUUUCCCCUUCCCCCCGCCCGCAUGCUGGGCGCCGUCCUCCGCGGCCCGGCCUCUCCGAUCCCGCCUCUCUUCCCCGCGCCGGGGCGCCCACUCAUCCACCUCUCUCGCCGCCUCCCUGCCGCGCCCGCCAUGGCCGACGCCAAGAAGACCGACGCGCCGGCGACCCCGGCCCCGGAGCCGCCCGAGAAGCCGCUCCCCGGCGACUGCUGCGGCAGCGGCUGCGUCCGCUGCGUCUGGGACAUCUACUACGACGAGUUCCAGGACUACCAGAAGGCCCUCGCCGCCCACUCCUCCGCGUCCCCCGCCGCCGAUCCCAGCGGCGACAGCAAGGCCUCCGCCGACGAGAAGAUCAAAUCAUGAGACCCCAGGAUUCAGGACCCGUAUGUGUAUGCUUUGACUUCCCCUGUUCUCAGAUUGGAUUCUUGGUCGUGUAAGAUAUGUCAGCAUUACUCACAGCAUUACAGUUAAACAUCCAUUGUAUUCUCACCGUGUAUGCUGCAAUUGUACUUACUGCUCAUCAUUCUUUGCGUGACCAAAGAUGCCCCUGGUUAUGAAUACAAGUUCCAUUUUUGUGCA